AUGCGUGGUAUUGGAUCUACAAAGCAAAACAUGUUAAUUAACGAGCCUUGCAAUGAAACAGCAGCAGCACCUACUGGAUGGCAUGGAUAUACGGUUUCUAUUCGAGGCAAUGAUGCUAUAUUGAGAAAUACCACAAGUGGCAGAGCCUCUUUCGGCGAUACUAUUAUUAUCA